AUGUGUUUUUCUGCCUUUCAGGUGUUUCAAGGAAAUUGGGAUAAGGACACCAUAGUAACUCAAAUACUAUCUCGGAAAAUAUUUGCGCGUUUUAUUCGGUUUAACCCAGUAUCGUGGGAAAUUAAUGGAUAUAUCUGCUUGCGAGUGGAGAUUUACGAAUGUUUCCCUGUGAAAGGUAAGAAAUUUGACUUACAGCUAUUACUACUAAUACAUUCCUGAAUACCUUAAGAAAAAAAUUGUACUACGAUUAAACUAGGGAUAGCAGAGAAGGUGGACAAACCCUUUGGACGAUGGGUAGUUACUUUAAUCUCACUACUCCUUUCUAAAAAUCUUACAACCACCACUGGAUAUAAAAAAUCUCAAAAAUGGCCCGGUCCUUAGAAUUCCACACGUACCCCUCCCUGUGUGCAUUGGUCGGGCGAUUUAAGAUAUAAAAUCACGGCAGAUGACGUUUUGCACUAUAACAGAUAAUAGUGCCUACCAAUUGCUACAAGCGGUACCAUCUUAGAUCAAUUCUAGUCGUUCAAGUUUUUUGAAGUCUACAUUUCUCACGACUUGCUCUGGGCUACGCGCUUUCAUAGUAAUAAAAAAAAAUUCAUCCGGAGGCUCUAAAGGCCCUUAAGGCCCUGGAGUUCGAUAGAGUGGGAGUACACCCAUUGCUACGAUUAGGAUACGCUAUUGGCAUUUUACCGAUUAAAGAUAAGAAGUAAUUCCUAGAGCUGGCAACAACCGCUCUCCAUCCACCCCUCCUCCCCCCCCCCCCCCCCCCCCAAAAAACGAAAGAAAAAAAAACAAAAAAAAAGGAAAAAAAAAAAAAAAAAAAAAAAAAAAAAAAAAAUAAAACCAAAAAAAAAGGUAAGAAACAAGAAAAAAAAAAAAAAAAACAAAAAAAAAGUAAAAAAAAUAAAUUUAAUAUCAAUUCUAUGAUAUUAAAAAAGGUAAAAAAAGGAAACACAUCCAUGGAGGAAAAAAAAAUGAAAGAGGGGGCACAAACCCAUUGGUAGAAUUAGAGUACGCCAUUGGCCUUUUACCAGUUAAAGAGAAGAAGUAAUUCCUAAGCCGGGCAACACCCCCUCCCCCCCCCCCCCCCCCCCCCCCCCCCCCCCCCCCCCCAAAAAAUGGAUAGAUAAAUAGAUAAAUAAAUGGAUAAAUAAAAUAAAAAAUAAAAUGCAAAACGAACUUAAAGCCUUAAAGUAGGUUAGGAUCCAUGAAAGAUAAAAUCUAACACGAGAAAAAUGUAACUGAAUUAAUUUUAAUGUCAUUUCUAUGAUCUAAAAUAGGGUAGACGAUGGAAACCUCUCGGUGAUGUAAAUGCGUUAUUUGCAACUUGUACAUGUGGAUAAAAUCACAAAUUUUAGAGAUGUUAGCAACAAAGAACAUAAAGUGAGAGUCCCAGGGACGAUCAAUUCUGUCCUGUUUAGGGUAGAGUUCUUACAGAAGGACAAUUAGUUCAACUCUGUACCUCUGGCUUCUUUCAGCCUUCUCCUGUCUAACUGGAGUUAAUAAAUAAAAGGUAACGUGGGAAGAAUGAAACUUUACUUUACUUUACUUAUUUUCUCGUAGGAAGCGUACCACUCGUAAGUCCACCAUGCGAAACAUUGGAGAUGAACCGAACAAGCUCCGUGAACUUGACUUGUAUUGUGUCUGGCCAGCCUGGAUUCCACAUGAAUUGGUACAAGAACAGAGUUGUGAUACCCUCGCCGCCUCUUCCACCAUACGUCAAUGGUAGCGUCAAAAGUGUGUUAACUCUAAACCGAGUCAAGUACAAGGAUAGGGGAUCCAUUAUAUCCUGCACGGCCUGGUAUCCAACACUAUCCAUCAACUCUACGCGCCAUAUUCACCUUCUUGUUCAUGGUAAUAGUUAAUUUCAUUACUGCUUUCUUGCAAUAAAGUUACUUCUUAAUUAAUAAGGAAGGGACGACUUUAUUGUGAACGAUUAUAGUUUCUCGCAAAUAAUUGUGUCCCAAGAAAGCGAUGACUUUUUUACGCAAGGUUGAAUUUUCUCGCAAUAUAAUUGCUUGGUGAUGCGCACAUGAUUCGAAUGAAGUCCAGUACAAGAAUUGUACCCUUAGUGGGUGUGAUAAGGAAGGAUAAAAUGGUGGGAAAAAUUUAGGGAAUUACAUUCAAGUUCAGCAUGACAAGAAAGCUAGUAAUUAAGGCAUAUGGCGAUAUUAAAUAUACAGAACAAUAACUUACCCCAGGGGCCCCCAGCGUAAGACGUUUGACGUAGAUUACAAAAUUUCGCAUGCCUGUUUCAACUGGCUUUCCCGCCAUUUGAUAAUAAAAUAAAUAUGCUGGAGCCUGCUGACACUAGCAGAGUUGCAUGUAAUCACACCCUGGGCACUUGUAUGUUCGGAAGACAUGGAACAAUCCAAGUGGUGAUUUAGAGCAGCGGUAUCGAACAGACUAGAUCAGGAGUAAAUAAAGUAUGGAGACUCCCGCAUUCUGAUUGGCUGAUUUAUUCACAGUCACAGUAAUAGCCGGUGGACUGAGACAAUCAGAAGCGUGAUCAGAAAACCAGAAAGUCUUCCAAUAUUCUUGUCGUUUUCUUGGUUGCCUCAUUUCUUCAAGCUGUUUUCUAUCUUUUACUCCGUUACUUCUUUUUAAAUCACCACUAGUCAUUUAUCAACGACGUACGUCAAUCGGAAAUGAGUCCAUCUCGCUGUUAGUAUGCCUUGACCUUACCACAUUUGCAUUACUAAUUGUUUUCACUCUUCUAGAAACCAUUGGCCGAAAACUGUAGCAAAACCACUGUUUAAGAAUACAAAAUGUUUGCUUACGGCUGACUUGCAAAAACGUCUUUGCUGAAGCACCCUAAUGUCCCACAAUAUGACCGUGCCAUAACUGUGUAGGGUGUUCAUGAAAGGCGGUUUAUCUCUACCGUAAAAUCUCAUCGUGCAGAGCCUGACUGAUGUAGAUGAGUAUUUCUGAUUCUGUUUCCAGCUCCACGGCUUGUCAUACGUAUCUCUGAGGUUCAAGCCAGGCAAGUACAACUGCAUAUCACGGACCCGACAUCUGCCCACACUGCAAAGUACUUGGUACGUUACAAAACAAACGCUGAACGUUCUAAAUGGAUGUUGGAUGAACACAGUAAGGUCACACAAGGUGGCCACACUCUGAUAACGGUACAAGACCUGCAUCCUUACACAGCGUAUGUCAUGGAAGUUGCUUCUUAUUAUAAAGAUCAAGACCAGGGUCCUUACAGUUUUCCUCAAAGUGUCAUCACAAAACAAGCGGGUAAUUGAACUAUACAACUUUAUAAGUUAUAUUCUGUAAAAAAUAGUUCCUUGAAAGUGUUAUUAUACAUGUACAUGUACUUGACCUUUCUCUAUUGCUUGCCAGUGGAUGAUUUUGUAUAGUUAUAAGGUCUCUGCCUGCCAAUUUAUGAUACAAGAUGUCAUAAUUAAUCUGUUGGGCAUAGAAAGGGAAGGAAAAGAAAAAACAAACAAACAAACAUAAGAAAAAGAAAUUUAUGAAAGCAUCAAUAAACAUAAACUCCCAAAGGCGUAAAAAUAUUAUAUUCUCUCAUUGAUUUGACAAUUUUUAACUCAUAAAAUAACAUGCUAAGCUCUUUCUGAUUCUACACAAAAAGUGAUUUUGCUAAAGCCCCCUACCGACUUUUUCGAAGCGUAGGUUAAGUUAUGGCCAUUCUUUGGAAGAACUAACAUAAACCGUAUGGUUAUAAAAUUCCGAGAGAAAUGAACAUUGUUUUAAAUUGAACUCAACAACUGUCAUUUGGUUAAAGAAAUAAAAAGAAUUUAACGGCUGACAAAACUCGGUUUCUAUGGUAACAACAAUGCACACAUCACAAAGAUAUGAAAUUUCGCAAAGUUUGGCUGCCAUAUGUUCAGCGGUUUUAAAGUUAAGAUACUAUAAAGUUGAGGGCCCGGGUGGGGUGGCGUCAAAAGCUUCCCCGGUCUGAAUAGGUUUUUAUUGCAGUUUUUUUUUCGUAGUACCGAGCGGUCCUCCUCGAGAUGUAUUGGUACUUCCCCGUGGUAAAGACACCAUCAGAGUGUCAUGGUCCAUUCCUAGCUCUGGAGACUGUAACGGUGUAAUCAUUCAGUACGAAAUCAUCUUAUACAAACAAAAUGGCGUCACACAAACGUAUCCGACUAAAGGAGAGACUUUGUAUAAAGACAUCGGUGGACUGGAACCUAAUCAGCAGUAUUUCAUAGGAGUGCGUGCUUACACUAGGGUGGGAGCUGGGCCCUACAGCCGAAAUCUCAGUCACUCAACAGGUAAAAUCUUUAAGAUAUGUAUCAUAAAUCAGUAACUGUGCAAAGUUUAGUGGGGAAAUUAAAGGGGGCGCAUGAUUGAAUUCUCCCUCGAAACGUGUCUGAUGUUCUUUUAUCAUCUUAGAAAUCAGUGGAGAAUCACAACUGACAGUCGCUUUGGAGAAACUCAACAAGGUAAAUGUUACACAAAACAUCACUUGUUUAAUUUCUACACGGCCUAAGAUCCACGGCUAAUGAGUGAAAUGCAAAUGAGUGAAAUUUUUCCCUUUUUUUCUCCUGCUCUACCAAAACAACUAAGCUAAGGCAACCUUUUCCUUACGGCUUUUUAGUUACACUCCUUUUCUGGCGUUAGUUUGGCUAUAUCGCAAACGUCUCCCAAAUUUGUUGUUGAUGAAGAAUCAAACCGGAUUAUCCGUCUGGGAUGAAGUUGGACAAGAGUUUGAUUACGUCGUUAGUCGCAGUUCUUCUAGUGAAAAGAGGGCACGAAAUGCACUAUGCCCCUGGUCUAGAUGUCUUUUUCAGUUUCGUCUUAAGCUACGGGCACGUAACAAAAGAUAUUUUGAUUCGACUGGCAAAUGAUUAAUUGUGUCCAUAUAAUAACUAGCAAUAGGUCGCAUGCGAAGUCUUCUGAAGAGAAGAAACACGGUAUAGUAACUAAAAUUGAAGUAGCAACUCUCUAUUUUCAGGUUUCAGUAACACCCACUACCGUAUUCGACGUUAUAAAGGAAGUAAGAAACAUCACCUCCAAGUCGUCUAAAUUAGUACAAAAGGACCUGUCAAUCACAGUCAACAUCCUGGACAAGGUAGUUAAGACAAACGUCACUUCCCCUGAUGUGGGAGAUCACAUGUUGGGCACCUUAAGCCACGUAAUGGACGCGAAACCCGAACCACUACAGAAUAUACAGCAGGAAAACAACAGAUCUGCUCGGUAAGCUAUACCACACUUUUCUUUCUUUCUCCGAACAAACACUGACAAACACUUAGUUAGUUGCACAUAUAAUCACAUUUAGAUACAAAGGGAACCCAAUAGUAAAGUCUUGAAAUUAAUUGAAUGCAUAUCUGAAGGCAUCGACGCAUCUGUUCUUUUUUAAGUUUGUCUUUUGCAAUGAAAGAAAUAGCUUAAUAGCCUGACUUGUCCCCAGGCGUCCUAUCCUUGCUAUUACGCGUAUUACACGGGUGUGCCUGCAUAAUCAUUGCACACUACAUAGUGAAGCGUCGCUUUCUGUUUUCCGCGCAAUGGUGGAACCUGGAAAAAGUAGACGAGUAGUUGGCCUUUUUAUUGUCGGUGUUUUGUAGAUUAUCUUUUCUCUCGUAAUUAUUCUUUUAUUGUGAUUUUAGGUUUGUUCGGAUCCUCGAGGAUUACAUUGACAAGGGAGGAAAAUUCAGCGAGGAUACAUCCAACAUCGCAGUUAUUACACAACCGAUAAAUCAGGAAAACAACAACCUUGACGUUUCCAUUAAGACUACAGUGGAUAAAAUUGUUAUGAACUUGAGUGCAAAUUCAACCGAUGAAAAUAGUGAAGCUAGUAUAACCGUGCGCAAUUCAGUGUUAAACGCAAACGGCACAGACAAUUCUACAUUAAUAGUUGUUUACUAUCGAACUAGCAAGCUUUUUGCACCUGAUUAUCGGAGUACGGAAGUUUGUAAGGGAAGUUACACUGCGCAAAAGUUGAACAUGGAAGAACGACCGAAGACUUCAAGUUACACGAUGGAGAACUCUACAGGAAGCAGAGUGACUGAGAGUAGCCCUGUGUUAUCUGCAAGUCUGAGAAACAAGCGCGUGGCAAACCUCACCCCACCCUUAAUCAUCAAGUUUAAAAUGCCUCAUGACCAGGUAUGGCCGUUCAAUGCAUGUGAUUGAUAUAAGUGACUUUCCUGUUUCCUGUGGUUCCUUUGUAUUCAAAGUCAUUUCCAAUUAAUUUUUAUCAAAAUUGGAAAAUAGCGAUUGAUGUCGUGUUUGAUUUAAUUUGUUUUUCUUUUGAAUUGUUUAAGUGAAUCAGUUGUCGAAAGGAUGAAGGAAUGAGAGGGCUGUUGAAAAAACAAAAACAAAAACAAAGACAAAACUCGUUUUCUCGUUAAGUCAUGGCCUGUCGCAGUCUGUUUCUUUCUAGUCUAUGGCUCUUUCAAAAAAAGUUUUUAUAGGCGGAAAAGCGCUAUAGAAGUGAAAAAGUGCAGAAUUUUGUAAUGUCACGUUAACGCGGUGUGAAAUCAGAGGAUUAUUUCCCGUAGUAUAAGUGUAUGAUAUAUUUGCGAAAAAAAGGGCCGAAAAAAAAAUAACAGGGGCGGAUCUAGGGGGGGGGUGCAGAUGGGGGGGGAACCCCCCCCCCCCCUGAGAUGACCUGCGGUUUUUUAAUGCAACUGGUAUUCUGCAAAACAAAACAAAAAACUAUGUGGUUUAUUAGUGUUGAAGUAGAGCAAGAGACGAGUGCACCCCUUCCUACAAAAAAUCCUGGAUCCGCCCCUGAAUAAUUAUACCAAAGAAUCAAGAGACUAUAAAGGGGACAGAGAGGCCAUCCCCCAUAUACACCCUAUUCCAUAGGUAAUUCGUCUCGAGUUAUUUUUAGAAUCGGGAUAAGGUUACCUCGCGCGAGGCGUGGAUGUUUCGUGGAGGUUUCGCAUGACCAAACGCCGUGCAAAACAUGUCGGGCGAGGGGCAAUGAAAGCGUAAAACGAUCGAGAACAUUCCUGAAUAUUGAAGCGAAAUGAGUCGGCGCUCACCUGGGAAAAACGAAUCGCUGGACUCUUUGACAACCCGUGAAAUCAGUUUAACUCGAAGUUGUCGUAACCUCAGUGCUUUAAUAAAAUGAGAAAUUUCGCCGGUCUAUUGAAACCGGUCGUUUGUACAAUUUAGGGAGUUUAAGAUCCAACGACGCGGACGACAACUAGAACAUCAAAAAAACAAUAGGUUUAAUUAGCAAAAAAACAACUUCGCACGUGCAACACACUUUUUUGUUCAUUUCUUUCCCGUUUUUGCACGACUACGACGUGAAAAUGCCUAAUUUCGCGUUUUAUGGAGGACGUAAAUAAGCAACGACGAAAUUUUAUUUCUCUUUCUGAGCUUGAAUAUGGUCCCUUGAAAUUCAGCUUUAGGAGGGUUCGCCUACAGUUGACAAAGUAGGUGGGUAGGAAUAAUCGCUAUAAAGACUGAAAAAAAUAAACAUCAAACCAGAAAUUGCUCUCUUCAAACUGUAAAUUAUAAAUGAUCCUGAGAGAAUAUUCAGUGUGUUAAGGAUUUCCCUGCUCUACUGUUAGCUCUAUACAAGAGAGGAAGGGCGAUUCUUUUUUAAUUUCGGUUUCGCUGACACAGCUUUCGCAGAAAUCUCGCUGUAGUCGUUUUCGUCGACAAAAGGAAUAGCAAAAUCGCUCUCCGCGUCUUCCCCCAUUUUGUUCUGCGUCAUUUCGUGGUGACGCGUGGCUCUCAGCGUGGGUCAUCCACGCGGAACACAUUCGCGCUAUGUGAUUGGCUGUGUAUAAUCCCCCUCGAGAUCUGUGGUGUUAAAAAUAACUCGAGACGAAUUACCUAUGGAAUAGGGUGUAUAUGGGGGAUGGCCUCUCUGUCCCCUUUAUAGUCUCUUGCAAAGAAUUAAAUGCAAGUGAAAUAACGUUUUGUAGUCCGCAUUCAAUCACUUUGAUGCAACACUUAAACAUGCUUCUGAUUUGCUGUUGAUGGACACCAGUCACAAUGCGCAUGACGGGCUAGAAACAAAAGUAGGCUCGGAAUUAGGCGAAAAGUAGGCGCGAUUUCAUCACUGAUCGUUACUAUGAACCUUUUUUAACUUUAGGUUGUAAAAACAAGGUGUGUUUGGUGGAAUUUUCAAAAAGGUAAGUAUGACUUAAUGUUGUACUUCAAAAAAGUCGUGUUGAUCCUCGUUGACUACCUUUUGAAGCUUUUAGAGAAAUAAUGUUUAUACUCCCUUAUAAAUAACUUCAAGAGUAAGGUCUGAGGAUAGUUUGGGCACCCGACAAGUUAUUUAAACGGCGGUAUAAUGUGAGGUGAAUUACCUGUCUUGAACUAGCGCUAUUAAUGCUACAGGAAAGGCGUAAUUAUCAUUUACAAUUCCCUGUUACAAUUAGGGUCUUUGGAUACUACUUUCUUCACUGUACUGGUUUUCUUCUGUUAGACAAUUACAAUUAUAGGUAAAUAUAUUGAUCAUUGCAGAGGAUUUAUUAGCAGAAACCUCCUGAUGCCCUCUUCUAUUCUGACGUUUAUAGGUGGUUGGUCGACUGCAGGUUGUUCUUUACGAGGAAUAGUUAAUGAUACUAUUAUUUGUGAGUGCGAUCACAUGACCAACUUUGCAGCCUUAGUGGUAAGUAAUUUUUAAAACUUUUAUAUAUAGCAGCACUUUGGCACUGGGAAAAAUUAACCUUAAUGUCAGUUAAGUUUCCUAGUGAAGCGACUUUCUUGCCACCCCAAAAAAUCAUCAUUCCAAUUUUAACGGUGAGACUCCUGACUCCCGCCGAAGGUCUUGAGUCUAAAAGAAGAGUAGUUUAAACGGAUCUCAGUCUAUUAGCUCCAAAGGUGAUUCAUAGUGCACCACACUCUAAGCUAGUAGUGGAAAAAUAAUACGAAAAUAUUAAUUACCACUAACAUAAGCCAAAUGGGGUGCUGAUUCAUUACUUACUUAAGAUAUCUAACAUGAUAUGGCUCUGUUUUUCACACAGGAUGUUGAUGGCCCGUCAUCCAAAGCGUGCGGUGAACAUUCCAAGGUGUUAUCACUCAUCAGCUAUAUCGGAUGCGUAUUGUCUAUUUUGGGUCUAUCGCUGACCAUUAUUACAUUUGGACUUUUCAGGUAAGAUUUCUUCACACCUAAGACAAGCGUGUACAGUUAUAUUUAGAAUACACAGUUCUCAUCUUUUAGUAAGUUAUUUUCCAUUUUCGUCUUUGUGGAACAAUUUUACAUUUUGUUUUUACAGGAAACUAAGAAAUGAUCAGAUCGCCGCCAAGAUAUUGCUUCACCUGUGUGCCUCGCUUCUAUGUGUGCUGAUUGUUUUUGUGUCAGGGGUGGAGAGGGGCAGUGUAUCUGAAGACGCCUGUCGCAUUGUAGCAGCACUCGUUCAUUACUUCCUACUUGUAGCGUUUCUAUGGAUGCUGAUCGAAGCGUACUUCAUGUAUCAGGCUUUUGUCAAAGUGUUUAGAGACUAUGGUGAUUACGUCAUGUGGAAAUGUUCCGCCCUGGGGUGGGGUAAGUCAAAAACUGCACACCUCAUUAACUGCCUUGUUUCCAGACGUCUCUCUAGCCAUGAAAAUUUGCCCGCAAAGGAAGGCGGGAAUAGAAAAAGGGCUUCGCCUGUUAUCUGUCUUCUUCCCAUGGUCCCUCGCGCUUCGUAAACACUCAGUCGUGCUUCGCGCUCGUCUUUGUCCGCCACCAAAGUGGGAAAACGAAGCGCUUGAGGAGGAGGCAGCCUCAUUAACAUCUUUUCAGACCGCAGUCUCUUUGCGGAACGACGCUGAAUGGUGUAUUUCACCUUUCACAUAACUAUAAAAAGGAUAAAGAAAUCAAUUAUUAGUAGAAGAAUCGCAAAAACUACGAGUAAGGUUUUAUUGCCUCUUACGCUGGUAUUUUAAUUUCUUGACUUGAUUUUCUUUUCAGGUCUGCCAUUUAUCGUUGUAGUAGUCACUAUUGCUGUGGAUAAAACCAGCUAUGGCGGAAAACACUAGUGAGUAUGACAAUUAACUUGCGCUAAGGAAAAUAAAAUCAAGGUUAUCUGAUGUACGUGUAGCUUUCCUUAAACCCUAGUUGAUACUUGUCAUACUCAGUUAUGAUGUAGUUUUAAGACUGCUGAUACUGGAAUUGCUGAUAAUCGAUUUGUUCAGUUAAAAUUGUCCUUAUAACUACAAAAGAACAAGAACGCUCUUAAAAGCGUUAAGUCGAGCUUGCUUAGAGAUAAGAUAAGAAAUUAGGAGGCGAUUAAUUCUAAACGCUAAAGGUUUUUCACGUCCUACUUUAUCGACGUGCCAGUAUUCUUCAGGAUAUUUGCUUUUUAUGUCGUAUUGCACGAAUUGUUUCUGAACUGAUUGAGUACAUAAAUACACGAAAAUCAAGGGCCUCGAUUCUAGAGAAACUACAUCAUUGCAAAAGAGCAAAACCGUGAUGAACAUGGUGCGUCAUUUCAUCAUAGCCGAAAACAAACCGCAUACUCACCACAAGGAUCGUUUGCAUAUAAUGAAAAUUUACAACAACAGACCAGUUAACAUCACCAUCGAAGUUUUCUCAUUAAGACUCUUCUUUUUUUUUUAUCACUGAAAUAUUCACUAGUUCCAAAGUAAUAAGCGCUUUCAAGCGACAGAAUUCGUGGACCGACCCCAGCCGGAAAAGCUCGACACCUUUCGCAUUAGUCUUUCCUAAGAGAGAAUAUUUGUCUUUCCUAAGCUUUCUUCACAAACAUACAUGACUCCGGUCACGCCGCGAUUCUUAUCCCCAGUUUCCACGGUCUCCGCUAGGAACGCCUGCUAACAUGACUACCCUUUUGGCGUCCAUACACGAAACGCUUGCCUUUUGAGAGUCUCCUUGCUAAAGCAAGCUCGAUCAAAGAGUGUAAAUUUAAAUUCAAGCUUUGAAUAACUGUGGUCGUCAGUUCGCGGUUCUUCUGAAUUCAUCACUCGCAUUUCAGUUUUCAAUACAAUUCAACUUCAUUAAUGCAUCGAAAUGCAGAUCGCACCCUAUCACUUCAACACGGGUUACAACAGCCUGCAACAGAUUUAGAGCCCUGGGGUUUAGUUUCGUCUGUGGCGCAGGCUAAGGUUACAAGCAUAUAAGGUAGCUGGAUUCUGAAAAGAAAAACCAAGCUUGACUUGAGAAAUCCGCUCCAAAGAUUUAAAGUUCUCGAAAAGCAACCUCUUGCACUAGAGUGAAAUGUCUCUCUUUUUGAGUUCUAUUCAGAAAUCUACACUACUUCUCAACGUACUGCUAGGAAAAACAGAACUCUAACUCUCGCGCUUUGCUUUUAAAUCUACCCCUCAGGGAAUUAGGGAACAACACGUUACAACUGGGAACCGAUUUAAACUAUAACUUACAAUAACUUUUAUUAAAGCCUCAAAAAAAUGAGUGAGACGCUGAAAAUUUCGCCAUUUUGAACUUGUCUGAUUCUGUUGAUACUUUAGAGAACUGAUUUAACAUAUUCAAACUCAUUUAAGCGGUAAAACGUUAAUGCCUCUUCAUCGAGAAUUUCCUGCAGUUCCGCGCUCUACCAAGUUUCAAUGCAAAACCAUAAAAAUCUCGGGACAUUGCGGCCAGUACAACUUUGAAAUGACUUGGGCUGGUCCAAUAAAGACUGUAGAGGAGCCUUUACAAAAAAGAAAAAGGGCAACUACUAUAUAUCAAAUCGUUCAAGAGCGCUUUUUUUCAAACGAAAAUCUGUGUUAAGUAAAGCCAUUAAAGCCCUAAUUUCUGUGGAAAGGCCCAUAUCUUGGUCCACCUUGAAUGCUCGAAAGCUCCUCUCUCAAAAUUCAAUUAUGUUAUAAAACUCACAAAUUUCUUUGUUUAUUUUGCAGUUGUCGUCUGGGAAGCAUGGCAUUUUACGCGACUUUUGUCGCACCAGUUGUUUUGGUCAUGUUUGUCAAUACAAUAGUCUUCCUUUUAAUCAUGUACAAACUCGCCACGCGUCCUCAGAACGCAGCUGAUCCUGACCGCGGUAGUGAAGGUCUUCUGAAGAUCAAACGAGCCUUUGGAAUUCUUAUUUUGGUCGGUAUCACGUGGAUGUUUGGUUUCUUUGCAGUAGCUGACGUUCGUCUUGUGUUUCAUUACCUUUUUGCUAUCUGCAACAGUCUUCAGGGUUUUUCAAUCUUCGUUUUCUAUUGUGUUAUACAAAAGAAAGUACGCGAGUGUUGGUGGGCUUUGCUAACGUGUAAUUUGCGCACUCUUGAGAAGUCAAAGUCGAUGUACUUAGAUUCUUAUGACCGUCGGCGUCUGUCGUCUGCCAGCAGAAUUCAGUUGGAUGCCAUGCGCACAAGAAGCAACACGGCACUUUCCCAGGUCAGUAAGUGUUAGGUACGCUUCGCUGGGAAAACGUCCCAUAUACGGUGUACCAAUAAAGACAAAACUUACCUUUCAAAUUUGAGAUCCCACUAUAAGGGUUUGGUUGGGAAUCGAAUUGAAUCUGAUUUACUUGUAUUGCAAUCUCACAUUGUGCGUUUUAGUUAAGAAAUUUCUUACCGUUCACGACUAAGCCGUGAGUACAUUUGAAGACUUGCACAUUUUCACAUUUUCUACUCGCUGUACACUUUACUUUUAAUGUUUGGUAGCCCUACAUGCCACCGUUUGUGACUUUUGUAUUAAAUGUUUUAAGUGAUGCUACUAUUAUAGGAUAGAAAGAGGAUUACAAGAUAAUACUAGCUUGUCAAUUUAAUGUUUCAGGAAUGAUAUGAUACUUUUUUUUUUUUCUGCCCUAAAAGAUUCUUCCAACACCAUUACAUCGAGCAGCCUCUUCCCCACCAGAUGUUGUUCUUGACUGUCAUCACCACAACAACAUAGUGUACGAUGAUGAUCAAGCUCAUUGUGCUAUAACAUUUGAAUCACUGAGUGAUUAUCAGCUGGCUGACUUGUACGAAAGCCAGUCGAUUGAAAUAGAGGACUCUAUGGAAGAACUUCCCAGUGUUUUGUCACAUAUGCCUGGCUCCAGAUCACCGAGUUUGUUAUCUCAAGGAACACCUUCCCGGAAUGCUAGCGUGCGCAGCUCACGAGCAUCGGCAAAUUCUCUACAGUCCACACCUAAAAUGUUAAGGUUGCCUCAUAUCCAUGCUUUGCGUCCGGUCAGAGUUUUUAAAACCUCCCCUGAGAAUUUGCCACAUAAUAAAGAGACUCUCAAGAGAACAGCGUCACAUACUCCUGACGCGACGAGGCCAACUAUGUGCUCUUUACUAAGAAGAACUAAAUCCGCCAGCGGCUCAUUAGACGACUUAAGACAGAGUGUUGACUUAAGUAUAAGCAGUGACCAGACUUCAUGCGAGUCGCUGAGGAUAGAAGGCUGUAAUAAAACAAAGAAACACUAUCUUCGUGUCCCUGUUGACAAUCUUGGUGAGUAUGUACAUUAAAAUGUAGUUACUCGAUCUCACACCCCUUCCUUACUUGUAUUUUCGUACAAAGAGCAAUGCCUGUUAGAAUUGCCUACGCAAAAAACUUGAUGAUUUUGAUCCUCUUAUUAAAACGAUCAGUGCGUUCAGCGAAACAACUUUCAUUUCAAUUUUUGGAAACCUCAACGUUUAAUGUCUGUUUUUUGGGUGUUUGAAAUACUAUUGAAAGGGUAUAUAAUUCAAUUAAAUAGUAAUUAGUGAACUCCGAUCCAAUAUCAGUAUCCCUAAACAUUAAUAAUUCAUGAUCUGGGAAACAAAGGAUAUUGAGAUUCAGCCAUUUUUAACCUAAAAUUUAUUUUGACCUUCAACAUAAACAGAAAAGAAAGCGCGAGCUUUAUUUGAUAAGACAAUGUUUAAUAGCAAUAGGUGUAUUAUACAGUAAAUUCAUUUUAUUUUUCUCUUGUUGUUAACAGUUUCUCGUUAAUUUACAUUUGAUAAUGACGACAUGCUACCUUCGAAACGUCUCGAAUUUUUCGUUAUUAUUGUGAUGUAAAAAAGAGAGAGAGACAAAAGCGAGACUCAGUUUUUGAAUUUGGACAUAACAUAACGUCAAGUGCUACGUGCAGCAAUGUUUUUUACCCUCACUAUUGACUUUUGUUUUAACAUGGAGACUUAGUUCAGUUUCAUGAACGUCUGUUGUCGGGCUUUCCAUUAAUUGUUAGUAUGUUCCAAAACCUUGAUUGGCCAACUUCCUUUCUUUUAAGCUAAAAGUAGUCUUAAGAGAAAAUGCUGUUGUAUUUCCUUUUUCUUAGUGAGUUUUCCUUUUGUCCUUUUCAGGUUCGCAAAUCGUGGGUCCACUUAGAGGUUCAAUCAGAGGAUUUGUAGGAUAUGUUGAAACGACUGUUGAAAACUUCGACUUGUUAAUUGACUUAGAGAGGCAAAGGACCUUGUCCCCUCCUUGUGCCUCGUCUCCUGAAGCUGAGAGACUUUAG